AUGUCGGAGUUUUUGGAGGAAGUCAUCACUCCCACGGAGACAGAGUCUCGGCUUGUUGUCAUAUUCAAGACAGCAUCUGUGGUCAAAGUCAAUGCCAGGGGCUUGGAGCCUGCCAAUGAAGAUGUCGCUCCGCUGCAGGCCGUUCUUGACCGCCAUAAAGCAUCAUUGACGUUGCUAUUCGGUCAGGACGAGAACCGUCUCCGUCGCGACCAGGCGGAUGUCCUUGGCGCCUCUGCCGAAGCUGGAGAGUCACCCAACCCAGCCGAAGAAUUUGACGCCGAUGAUACGGCUCCUUCUAAUGAUGGUAACAUACCCGACCUGGCAAGCUUUUAUUAUGUAGAUGGCGAGGUGGACAAUCUCGAGAGUCUUGCAGCGGAGCUCAACCAGCAUGAUCUGGUCGAUGCCGCGUACAUCACUCCGCCAACCUCUCAGCCACUACUUUUGAAGUCUGUUACGUCGCCUGAGGAUAUGGAAGUGCCUGCCAUCACCCCCAACUUUACUUCGCGUCAAAUCUAUCUCGGACCGGCUCCUGGAGGCGUUGAUGCAAAGUAUGCACACACAGUCCCGGGCGGGCGAGGCGAAGGUUUCAGAGUGGGCGACGUCGAACGGGGUUGGCGGUUCACGCAUGAGGACCUGAGGGUACUUCAAGGUGGUGUCAUCUCGGGUACGAAUGCGCCUGACAACAGCCACGGCACAGCUGUGUGCGGCGUUGUCAGCGGUGAUGUCAACAACAUCGGCAUUCUAGGUAUCGCGCCGGAUUCAGUCUUUUACGGCUCCUCCUACGUUGGCAACUCCGUUGCUGCUGCCAUUAAAGCUGCCGCUGAUAGACUUCGGAGCGGCGAUGUUAUACUCCUCGAGGUUCAUCGGCCGGGUCCAAAUACCCCCAACCCACCAUCAGGCCAAAAGGGUUACAUUGCUGUAGAAUGGUGGCCUGAGGACUUUGCGGCGAUCCGCUAUGCGGUCAACAAGGGCAUCGUCGUUGUGGAAGCUGCAGGCAACGGGGGGGAGAACCUCAAUGCAGCCAUCUACAAUACGCGCCCCGCGGGAUUCCCCAACUCGUGGCGCAACCCAUUCAAUGUGCUGAACCCGUCCUCAGGUGCCAUCAUCGUCGGUGCUGGGUGCCCCCCACCGGGAACCCAUGGCCGGAACCACGGCCCCGAUCGAUCACGCCUGAGCUUCUCCAACUACGGCUCUCGCGUUGACUGUCAGGGCUGGGGCAGGGAGGUCACCACUACGGGCUAUGGUGACUUGCAGGGCGGGCAGAGUGCGGAUUUGUGGUACACGGACAUCUUCAACGGCACAUCGAGCGCGUCGCCCAUGGCCGUGGGCGCGGUUCUAUGUGUCCAGGGCGUUAGGAAGAAGAAGAAUAAGCUGCCUCUGUCUUCGGCACGGUAUCGGACUCUACUGCGCCAGACGGGCUCGCCGCAGCAAGCUGGUCCUGGUGCGCCAGUUUCGCAGCGCAUUGGAAACCGGCCGGAUUUGAGGAAGCUCAUUCCUGCUGCUCUGAAUCUUCCAUGA